AUGAAGCACAUUAUAGAUCCAUAUGAAGUCAUCAACGACACACAGAGAAACAAUUCAGAUUGUCCACGGGUGGUUUUGCCGGAAGAAAUAUUUUUCACAAUCUCCAUUGUCGGAGUUCUGGAGAACUUGAUUGUGCUCCUGGCUGUGAUUAAGAACAAGAAUCUCCAGUCUCCCGUGUACUUUUUCAUCUGCAGUUUGGCCAUUUCUGACAUGCUGGGCAGCCUGUAUAAGAUCGUGGAGAAUGUCCUGAUUAUGUUCAGAAACAUGGGUUACCUCAAGCCCCGUGGCCACUUUGAAACCACAGCAGAUGACAUUAUCGACUCCAUGUUCAUCCUGUCUUUGCUAGGCUCCGUCUUCAGCCUGUCUGUGAUUGCCGCUGACCGUUACAUAACCAUCUUCCAUGCCCUGCAGUACCACACCAUCGUGACCAUGCGCCGCGCCAUCAUCACCCUGACGCUUAUCUGGACCUUCUGCACGGGGAGUGGCAUUGCCGUGGUCAUCUUCUCCCACCAUGUCCCCACGGUGCUCGCCUUCACAUCGCUCUUCCCUCUGAUGUUGAUCUUCAUCCUGUGCCUCUACAUUCACAUGUUCUUACUGGCCCGCUCCCAUGCUAGGAAGAUCUCUACCCUGUCUCGAGCCAACAUGAAAGGAGCCAUUACCCUGACCAUCCUUCUUGGAGUCUUCAUUUUUUGUUGGGCCCCCUUUCUUCUCCAUGUCCUCUUAAUGACCUUCUGCCCCAAUAACCCGUACUGCACUUGCUACAUGUCUCUAUUCCAGGUAAACGGCAUGUUGAUCAUGUGUAACGCGGUCAUCGACCCAUUUAUAUAUGCCUUUCGGAGCCCAGAGCUCAGGGGUGCGUUCAGAAAGAUGCUCUUUUGCAAAAGGCACUAG